AUGGCCACUUCGUCUCCCUCUUCGUCCUUCUCCCCUCCUCCUGAGUUUCGUCCUCCCACAGAAGCGGUCAGUGAAGACAACCUGCAGCUCAACAGGGAGCUGGAGACCAUGACGGAGGAGAUGGAGAAUAUAUCAGUCCAACUCACCUGUUUGGCAUAUGAGAUGGUCACCCUGCGGGCCAAUCCAGAACUCGCCCAAGCUAGUCCUGUAGAGGCUUGUUGGUAUCUCACACCUAGGUGA